GACUUCUGAGCUCGAAGACUUGUAUUUUAUUUCAAUGAUUUUAACGUAGCAUAUCAUCUCACUCUUAUUUUCAGUUUUGAUGUGCCAAGACAAUUGAGCUGCCCACUUGGUUUGAUAGUAAACGUGUGGAAUUGAUAUCCGACUACUGACGCCUCUAUCCACAUUCCCUCUACGAAAAAACUCCGUCCCUAUUUCAACUCAUGUCAAGCACAUACUUUCAUCUUUUGCCUUUUACCACCGCACAAUAUGGAUGUUCCAGAGGCCACCGUCUACCCUGUUUUGAAGGGUAAGGUGGCGAUCGUGACAGGUGGCGCACGGGGUAUGGGGAAGGCCACCGCCUCAGCGUUCCUACGAGCCGGUGCUCAAGUGGUUAUUGCGGAUGUGAAAGAAGUUGAGGGUCAAGCGACAGAGAAAGAGCUAUCUAAGUUUGGAGACAUUAUUUUUGUGCGAUGCGACAUUUCCAAGUCAGAAGAUGUUCGAAAUCUUAUCGCGGUAACAUUAGAGAAGUUCGGUAAACUUGAUGUAGCUGUCAACAACGCCGCCCUUACCCCGGACAGAACACAGCUUAUCGAGUUCGAUGAAGUCUACUGGAAUAAUCUCGUAGGCAUUAACUUGACUGGUACUGCAUUGUUGUUGCAAGUGGGAAAUGCAACAAAUGUUGAAGCAGGGCACGAAAGGCUCUAUUGUCAACAUUGCAUCCAUCAAUUCGUUUAGACCACAAGUAAACAUGCCUGCAUAUACAGCAACAAAGCAUGCUAUUAUUGGUUUGACGAAGCAUGCCGCUAUGGAGGGCGGCCCAAAGGGAAUCAGGGUGAACGCUGUUGCGCCAGGUGCUAUCAUUGUGAGUUCACUAUGUCCCGUCUAUAAAAGACUUCAAAAAGCUAAUCCAAGGCAGAGUGAUAUGUCCGCCACCGCUUUAGAAAUUGUUGGAACUACCAUGGAAGAGUUUGCUCCAACGAUCAGCAUCUUAAAUCGGUUCGGAAUGGCCCACGAGGUUGCACAGGCCUCUUUGUGGCUCUCAUCAGACAAUGCAUCAUAUGUCACUGGUAUUUGUUUGCCCGUGGACGGAGGCUAUUUAGCGAAGUAGUCGAGUAUGCUACCAAUUUCUUGAGUACAAGCAAUUCAAAAAUAGAUAACUACUUUACGGCCAGUUUGGAUUCCGAGCCAGUUUCAACUUCAUUUCAAUCAUGAGGCUGCUUAACACCACAUGGAUUUUUCACUAGUGUUAAAUUGAUUAGCAUGUCUGAAUUUCAUUCCAAUUUGAUGUUUUGCCACG